AAGAUGAGAAGAUUGAUACCACUCUGAAGUGGUAUCAAUCUUCCCCCUCACAAAAAUAUCAGCAGAGCACUGCAAUUUGCUUACCCUGUAAUUGUAAGCAAAUGUACAUGUAAGUAUUUCUUCACUCAGGCAACUCUGUAUAAAAGCAUCAAAUGAAAUCCUAAACUAAAAUACCAAAAAAGGACUGUACAUGUUAAAAUCUUUACUGUAUGUUUUCUUCUCUUUCUUUAUCAGGACUCAAUGAGAAGAAUCAGGAGAAACAGCCAGGCUCUCCUCCAGGAUCUCUUUUACAGGGGGGUCCAUGGAGGAGACAGAGAUACUCCUAUUCCAGCUCAGCCUGGUAGAGAUGCUAAAAUGAUCCACUCAAUCGCCAGCCUGAUCAGAGCGAAGAGCAAACUCCUCGUCCUGGAGAAUCCUGACACUGUGGAGAUCUACAAGCUGGAUGAUGCAACAGCCCGUCCUAGCAGAAGUGGUAAAGACGAUGUUUACCUCCCAGCCAUCACAACGAAGGCGUCAAGUCUAAAGUCAAUGGGAGGGUCUCUGAGUCAGUCCUGCCCUUACCUGUACGACAAAAGAAGAGGAUCUUUCUCCUCAGUUGCCUCUCAGAGAACUGGAGGUCACCCUAAAAAACAGAGUCACCUAAAGGCACAAAGAGAGGCAAAGAAAUCCAACGUCACCGUGACAAUGACCUACCUAGGACAAGGCCGUCGGGGGUCAGGGUUGGGGUCAGGUCAGGACGAGCUGAAAGUACUCCAGCAAAUCAACGGAGGGGAGAAUAUCUGUGUCUUCAAAGGCGUGGUGACUCCAGGAGGAAACAAUAAGGUGUUUUCCUCCAUUAAACAAGUCAAGAAUAAUAGGCGAUUGUGA